UGGCCUCUUCCCCUCCUCCCUCUCUUCCUUGUUUCCCCGGCAUCGCUUCGUCAGCUGGCCUCAUUUUUUUUUAAACAAUAACAGGCAGUGUGCUUUGCUCCCCCUAUCCUCCUCCCCACAGUCCGCCGCCGCUGAGAGGAAAGAGCGCGGGAGAGGCCAAGUGCCACAAACGAAGACCAGUGACCGGGGCGGCGGGGACAAGGCAUGGCUUCCAGCUUCGGCAAGAUCCAGAUAGGGAUCUAUGUGGAAAUCAAGAGGAGUGAUGGCCGAAUUCACCAAGCAAUGGUAACAUCCUUGAAUGACGACAGCGAAAGUAUUACAGUUGAAUGGAUCGAAAAUGGAGACACAAAAGGAAAAGAGAUCGACUUGGAAAGCAUUUUUGCACUUAACCCUGACCUUGCUCCUGAUGAAGAAAUAGAACCGAGCCCUGAAAUGCCACCUCCACCUACGCCUACAACUAAAGUGAACAAAAUUGUCAAGAAUCGACGAACUGUGGCACCUGUGAAGAAUGAAACUCCUGCAAGAGACAAUAGAGUGAUCGGUUCUGCCCGCGCACGAACGAGCCAGCCUAUCGAGCAGUCGGCCUCUGCACAGCAGAAUGGUAGUGUUUCAGAUAUAUCUCCAGAUCAACCUGGAAAAAAGGACUUUGGCCCUCCUUCACGACGAAAAUCUAACUGUGUGAAAGAAGUGGAAAAGUUGCAGGAGAAACGAGAAAAAAGAAGGUUGCAACAGCAAGAACUAAGGGAAAAGAAAGCCCAGGAAGUUGAUGCCACAAAUCCAAAUUAUGAAAUAAUGUGUAUGAUUCGAGACUUCAGAGGAAGUUUGGAUUACCGACCUUUAACAACAGCUGACCAUAUUGAUGAGCAUCGAAUAUGUGUCUGUGUACGAAAACGUCCUCUUAAUAAGAAAGAAAACACCAUGAGAGACCUUGAUGUCAUUACGAUUCCCAGUAAAGAUGUGGUUAUGGUACAUGAGCCUAAACAAAAAGUAGAUCUCACAAGAUUCUUGGAAAACCAAACAUUUCGCUUUGAUUAUGCCUUCGAUGAAACGGCGCCAAAUGAAAUGGUCUACAGAUUUACAGCUCGACCUCUUGUAGAAACCAUUUUUGAAAGGGGCAUGGCCACAUGCUUUGCAUACGGACAGACAGGAAGUGGGAAAACACAUACAAUGGGUGGUGAUUUUUCUGGCAAGAACCAAGACUGUUCAAAGGGAAUUUAUGCACUUGCAGCACGUGAUGUUUUUCAAAUGCUAAAGAAACCAAAUUAUAAAAAAUUAGAGCUUCAAGUUUAUGCCACGUUUUUUGAAAUUUACAGUGGUAAGGUCUUUGACUUGUUAAACCGAAAAACCAAGUUAAGAGUUCUGGAGGAUGGAAAGCAGCAAGUCCAAGUGGUGGGACUGCAAGAAAGAGAGGUCAAAUGUGUGGAAGAUGUGCUGAAGCUAAUUGAGAUUGGCAACAGUUGCAGAACAUCUGGCCAAACAUCUGCAAAUGCACAUUCAUCUCGAAGCCACGCAGUGUUCCAAAUUAUAUUACGAAAGAAAGGAAAGCUUCAUGGCAAAUUUUCACUAAUUGACCUGGCUGGAAAUGAAAGGGGAGCCGAUACCUCCAGUGCAGACCGACAAACACGACUUGAAGGUGCCGAGAUAAACAAGAGUUUAUUAGCUUUGAAGGAAUGCAUUCGUGCCUUAGGGAGGAACAAGCCGCACACUCCAUUCAGAGCAAGUAAACUGACCCAAGUUCUGCGAGACUCUUUUAUUGGUGAAAACUCUCGCACUUGCAUGAUUGCAACAAUUUCUCCUGGAAUGGCUUCCUGUGAAAACACUUUAAACACUUUAAGAUACGCCAAUAGAGUAAAAGAAUUUGGAAUUAGUCCAUCGGACAUUCCCUUCUCACAGGGUAGUGGAAGUCGCUCUGAUCUCUCUCCUUCCUAUGAGUAUGAUGACUUUUCUCCUACACUCACCAGAGUGAAGGAACUUACAGUGGAUCCCAACGCAGCCGGAGACCUCCGCCCAAUGAUCCAUCAUGCGCAGUCCCAGCUUGAUGACUUGGAAGCCCUGUGGGGAGUGGGGAGUUCUCCUCAGAGAGAUGAUCUCAAGCUGCUGUGCGAACAAAAUGAGGAAGAGGUAUCCCCACAGUUGUUCACGUUCCAUGAAGCAGUGUCUCAAAUGGUAGAAAUGGAGGAGCAAGUUGUAGAAGAUCACAGAGCGGUGUUUCAGGAGUCCAUACGGUGGCUUGAAGAUGAAAAGGCACUUUUAGAGAUGGCAGAAGAAGUGGACUAUGAUGUAGACUCGUAUGCUACGCAACUGGAGGCAAUCCUGGAGCAAAAGAUUGAAAUUCUCACCGAGUUACGGGAUAAAGUGAAAUCCUUCCGUUCCGCUUUGCAAGAGGAGGAACAAGCCAGCAAACAAAUUAACCCCAAGAGGCCCCGAGCUCUUUAAGACGAGGAUUUGAUGAAGGAGUAAUGUAAAAAAAAACAUUCACAAAAGCAAAAACUUUGUACUGUAAAACAGCAUUGUUCUUAAUCUGUGGCCGUGAGAACCAACAACUUGAAAUAAUAAGUACGUUUUUUUUAUAAUGUUGGUGGAAAUGUCCUCCUUUCACUCGACUUGGAUAUCUAUUUUGGGCUAACCACUAUGUUGAUGUCUGUCAGACAGUGGCACAAACCUAUUUUUAGGGACUGCGAGGCACUUUGUUCAAAAUAUUCAAUAUUUCAAUCAUGUCUUAUGUUCCAAAAUGUUUUUUUUUUCCGCCCUUUUUUAAAUAAAUAAUGAAUUUAUAAACUGAGAACUGGAAUUUUUUUUUAUUUUUGUAUUUUUAUUUCUUUUGUUUUUUUUUUUUUGAUUGAAGGCUCAGUUUUUUUCUCUUUUCUUCAAAAAGAACCUGUGUGCUUUUAACCUAGUUGCAUGCUAUUAAUGCGUUUAUUGUACAGAUUUUAAACCAACUUGCUGUGCUCACCUCUUACGUGCCUUUGUAAAGGCUCUUUAAUCCUACGUAUUGUUUCUCCAUUAAGCACAGCCUUAAUAGUAAAUGGAAAACAUUCCUUGUCUGUCAAUGUGAAAUAACCGUUUACAACCGUCUUUUUUUCCUCUUUUGUUCUGUUUAGUUUAUGUUACAGGAUGUGCCAUAUUGCAUAACCCAUAACUUACUGUGUAAUGUAGCUGGGAAUUCCAUCUUCCGCUUGUAAAAUGGAUAUUUGAAUACUGUAAAGUGGUUGUAUAAUUAACAUUUUCUUUGUAAAGAAUAAAAAUUUAGUUAAUGUAAGAAAGAACACCUGGGGUAUUAAUGAAACGCUGUUUAAGAUACUGAGAAGGAUAUGUGUUGGAAUAUAGUAGCACUUUUGCUAAUGCACACAUUUUCAUGUUUUCUUAUGUGUCAAUCCAAGAAAGAUACCUUUGGAGUACAUGUGAGAAGUCUGACAUUAUGCCACGUUUUAUCUGUUAGGUGAAAAAUACCAAGGAUGACAACUGAACUAUAUUUGCUGCCUUAUGCUGGAUCUGUUAACUUUAUGCUUUUAGCAAACGAGUUAACAAUAAACAGAGCUACGUUGAUAUGUUU